UUUGACAGUUGACAUUCACAAAUGACAUAAUCGAAUCUAACCUUAAAACUAUAAAAUUGUUUAUAUUUCUAAAUUUGUACCCAAAUAAUAGACAACUUCACCAAAUUUCGUCACUAUGAACAACGACGACACAGAACCCCCGAAAGACCCCAUUAAGGAAGAAAUCGACUCCGAUUCUAUAAAACUGGAAAUCGAGGACUUCCCCACCGACUCGUUUCUCUACGAGCACGUCAAGCCCGAACCCCCCGACAACCCCCCUCUCCAAGCCGAACACGUCGCCUUUAAAUGGACCCCCGACGGCUUCCGCUGCCCCUCGUGCCCCUUCAUCACAAAAAUCGAAGGCUGUUUACUAAACCACAUCGAAAGAAAACACCCCGAAUUACACUUCAAGCGCGAAAAAGUCCUCAAAUGCGCCCACUGCCCGUACCAAACCGAGUACAAAGCCCACUUCGUCAAGCACGUGUUGAAGAAACACACAUCCAAGUGGUUCGAAUGCGAAUACUGCCCCUACAAGACGAAAAACGAAGACACUUUAGAAAAACACAGUCGGACCCAUCUGGACCAAGACGACAAGCGCUUCAGCUGCCACAAGUGCAGCUACAAAGGCAAGUCGAAGUUUCUGCUGAAGUCGCACAUCAACAACAAACACAAGAGCGAAAUCAAGUGGUUUAGAUGUGAACAGUGCAAGUUCAAGACGCAGGGAAAGCGGCUGCUGAGGAGCCACAUUCUCGAGGAGCACGGGGACUCGGAGGACGUGACGUGGUUCAAGUGCUUGUUGUGCGAGUUUAAGGGGGCGAAAGACGUGGAUUUGAAAACGCACAUGCGGAGUGAACAUUCAGUGAACGACGGAGAGGUGGAGUACGAGUGCUCGCAGUGCGAUUUUAAGUCCAAGUACAGGGCCGGGAUUAGUCGGCACGCGUUCUACAAGCACACGUCUUUCGAUGAGGUUAAAUGGCUGGAGUGCCAGGAGUGCCCCUUCAAAGCCAAGUCGGAGAUCUUCCUCAAGGCACAUGUAAUUAAUGAACAUUCAGAGAGCGUUAAUGUAAAAAAGGAGUAGUUUUAUGUAUAUUAAACGAUAUAGGCAACCAAUAA